GCGAAGCGAAAUAGAGCAAGGUAGAGUUCAUGGCGACAAUUGGCGACCACAGAUGGAAAGAAGAUGAAAAGAAGAAUAUUAACAUGGCGACUUGUGCGGUAAAUUCAGUAAAUAGGGCUAGUCGCGCCCUAUCGAGGUUCUUUUACGCCGUGGUUGCACGGUGAAUAUUGUGCAUACAAUUCGAGGAAGCUUGGUGCAGUUACCGUGACGUCGAGGCCGCGUCCUUCGCACGUGUUCACUGAAUGCAACGCGAUUACGCGAUGUCGGUCAGUUACGCUAGGAUGAAGUCGUGCCACGAGGCGUCGUCACCAACGUCAUCAAUAUCGCCAAUGUCGCCGUCGACGACGACACCAACGACGAGUAACGCAUUGCCCAGGCGUGCCGGCGAUGAGGAAGAUUGGCAGAUGCAGCUGGCUUUCUGCAAGCCUCGACAUAACGCCACGAUCGAAUACGUCAAUUGUAUCAGUCAGACUUGGCGAAUGAAGGAGCGGAUGAAGACAGUGAGUGUCGCUCUGGUGUUGUGCCUGAACGUUGGCGUUGAUCCUCCAGAUAUUGUCAAGACACAACCAUGCGCCCGUCUCGAAUGCUGGAUAGAUCCUUUGUCAGUGAGUCCUCAAAAAGCUCUUGAAACUAUAGGUUCAAAUUUGCAAAAACAGUACGAACGAUGGCAGCCAAGAGCUCGCUACAAACAAAGUUUAGAUCCAACUGUAGAGGAAGUUAAAAAAUUAUGUACAUCUUUAAGGCGAAAUGCCAAAGAAGAAAGAGUUUUGUUUCACUAUAAUGGUCAUGGAGUACCCAAACCUACUACUAAUGGUGAAAUAUGGGUAUUUAAUAGGACAUAUACACAAUACAUUCCACUGUCGGUAUAUGACUUGCAGACUUGGAUGGGUGCACCUAGUAUUUAUGUAUAUGAUUGUUCCAAUGCCGGUAUUAUAGUAGAAUCUUUUCAACAAUUUGCAGACCAACACGAAAAGGAGUAUGAGAUGGAAAAACAACAAAAUCGUGCGACUGGAGUGACAUGUCCUGCAGCACCAUGUUAUAAGAAUUGUAUCCAAUUAGCAGCAUGUGCGGCUAAUCAAAUUUUACCUAUGAAUCCAAAUCUACCUGCAGAUAUAUUUACAUCAUGCCUUACUACACCCAUAAAAAUUGCAAUACGCUGGUUUGCCAUGCAGCCUACAUCCAAAUUGAUUCCCAAUAUAUCGCUUGAUCUUAUUGACAAAAUUCCUGGACAAUUGACCGAUAGAAGAACAAUGCUAGGCGAACUUAAUUGGAUAUUUACUGCCAUUACCGACACAAUAGCAUGGAAUACCUUACCAAGAGAUUUGUUUCAAAGGUUAUUUAGACAAGACCUAUUAGUUGCCAGUCUGUUCAGAAAUUUCUUGUUAGCUGAGAGGAUACUUCGUUCUUACGAUUGUACACCAGUUUCUUCCCCGAAAUUGCCGCCGACUUAUCAGCACCGUAUGUGGCAAGCUUGGGAUAUGGCGCUUGACCUAUGCUUGGCACAAUUGCCAAUGGUUUUGGAAAAUGAAGAUCGAUACGUGCAUUCAUCAUUUUUUGAAGAUCAACUCACAGCUUUUCAAGUGUGGCUCAAUUUAGGAUCAAAAAAUCGUAACCCACCUGAGCAGCUUCCAAUUGUCCUCCAAGUGCUAUUGAGUCAAGUUCACAGACUAAGAGCGUUAGAGCUAUUAGGACGUUUUCUUGAUCUCGGUCCAUGGGCUGUGAAUCUAGCACUUAGCGUCGGUAUCUUUCCAUAUGUUUUAAAAUUAUUGCAAAGCAACGCCAGAGAACUUCGACCGCUGCUCGUUUUUAUAUGGGCAAAAAUUCUAGCGGUAGAUAAUACUUGCCAAGCAGAUCUUGUACGCGAUGGUGGUCAUAAAUAUUUCUUGUCUGUGCUGCAGGAUACUUCUAUCCCGAGUGAGCACAGGACAUUAGCCGCGUUUGUGUUGGCCAGUAUCGUAAACGAUUACCGGCCGGGUCAAGUGGCUGCAAAUCAGGGCAGUCUCGUUUCAAUAUGCUUAGAACAAUUAGGAGACACAAAUUCUUUGUUACGGCAAUGGCUUUGCUUGUGCUUAGCGCGGCUUUGGCAUAAUUUCGAUAAAGCAAGAUGGUGUGGCGUCAGGGACAUUGCUCAUGAAAAAUUGUUCACCUUAUUGAAGGAUCCUGUUCCAGAGGUCCGGGCAGCUAGCGUGUAUGCAUUGGGCACAUUUAUAAACAGCGUUACGACCAGGAGCGAACACGCGAAUAAUAUCGAUCAAAUUAUCGCUAUGACACUUAUUAAUACAGUUUCUCACGAUAUGUGUCCAUUGGUUAGAAAAGAAUUAGUUGUGGCUCUACAAUGGAUGGUGCUACAUUUUGAAAAUUCCUUCGUUACGCUAGCCAUGGCUGAAGAGAAUAGUCGAAAGGAUCUUGUUGUAGAAACUUUAUCCCCAUUCAGCGGUAUGAGACGCAUUAGCUCGCGCGAUAGAUUGAAAAUGUUGUCACCCAACAAUACGUACACCGUAGAUACGACCGAUGGAUUUGGACCACAGGAUCGCAUCAAAAGAGUAUCGUCUUCAUCGUCUAUUAGCAGUCUAGGUAAUAAUUGGGAGUUCGUGAGGAAACCUUGCGAGUCACUUGGUCACAGUUCUCUUGGGAACUUACCGAGUCUUUCCUAUGGUAGUGUGUAUAUGAAAUUAUGGCAUGGAUUGUGUAAUCUCGACAAUGAUCCUCAUCCAGUGGUCGCUGCUAUGUCUCAAAAAGUUACUAAUCACAUUCGUAAUAAGGUGAAAGCAUCUUCCACCCCUAAAGAGGUAGUUGAAACAAAAAUUUCCUCUUCAUUAUCUCUUCCGCCGUCUCCGUCAAAUCGAACUGGUUAUUUGAGUAAAGGGGAAUCACCACCGGCUGUCAACUCUGGAACAGAUUUGUUGCGUUCUUCGAGAGUUUUAACGCAUGGUAGCCGUUCGAGGAAACCUGUUCCUAAUACAAUAUCUGAAGAGGCAGACGAAGUACCUGGAGCUAAAACUCCAUUGACUACCUCCCAAUUUGUCGAAUGGAGUUGCGCGCAAUUUGCUCAGCCGGUUAGUUUAGAAGACGAAAUGGACGAUGUAGAAAGCAGACCAUAUCUCGAACGAGAAUGGCGAUUUAUACGUAACGCAAGGCAAAGACAAGAUGCAAGAGAGGAACAAUUGCGUGCACCGCAGAAUAAAAUAGAAUCGCAAGUGUAUCAUACGAGAUGUUCUCAAUCACCUCAAGUUCUGGUUUUUCAUCCAUUUGAACCACAUUUGGCCGUGGCGCUGAAAGAUUGCUUCGGCAUAUGGGAUUAUCAAAAUAGCACAAAGUUGACUUAUUGUAUGAGUUAUGGAAACAAAGUAAAAUCGCGCAUCACAGCACUUGAAUUUAUCAACUCUCAUGACUUAACUCUGCUGAUGGCAGGUUCUGAUGAUGGUUCCGUACAAAUCUGGAAGAAUUAUAGCGGUACGAUUAGCCGCGAUCCGAUUCUACUCACAGCUUGGCAAGCAUUGGCUGACGUACAACCCGCAACCAAGACUUCUAGUGUAACAGCACGACUCGUUACAAAAUGGGAACAGAAAUCACUUACUCUAGCAGUAACGGGCGACGUCCGUAUUGUAAGACUCUGGGAUGCGGAAACUGAAUUGAAGAAGCAAGAUAUUCUAACAGGUGCCGAUUGUUGUACCACAUGCAUCGACGUUGAUGGCACAGGUGCAAUAAUGGCACUUGGUUGCGGCGACGGAUCGGUUCGACUCCUAGAUCGGAGAUUGCCUCCGACAGAAGCAAGAGUGAUGACUUGGAGGGAACACACCGCUUGGGUGUCGGGUACAUUUUUAAGGGAAUCUGAGGGAUCUGCACCGCAACUAUUUACCGCAUCUUCCACAGGUGACAUAAAAAUCUUUGAUCUUAGGAAAAAUUCUUCCGUGAGCACGAUUCAAAUAACACCGGGGAUUGCGGCAUUGACUGUGCACGAAAUAGCUGAUGUUUUCGCAUGUGGCACCACAAGUCAUUGUAUCAGCAUCUACAACAUAUUGGGACAACAUCUCAAUACGCUGAAAUUUCACGAAGGAUUUAUGGGUACACGUCUCAGUCCGGUAAGCUGUCUGAAUUUUCAUCCGUAUCGCGUAACUUUAGCGGCUGGGUUUGUGGACAGUACCUUCACGGUAUACGAAUCACGCAGAUGACUAUUAGAGAUGGAACUCGUGUAAGAUUCUUGUAAGAUUUUGUAAAUUUAUAAAAGCGCCUCACGUUCUUUUUUGCGUUCGCUUUUACGUAUUGCAAUAUUAUCGAUGAAAUUAGGGUUUUUUGUUCCCGGUGUUUCCGCGAGAGAAUCAUAGAAUUACUAAUCUACAUCGACGAUAAAGGCCAUUUUCCCGUCAUUUCUUCUCGCUAGUAUAUUGACGAUCUGCCUGCUAUUUCAUGCAAAAUAUGGAGAAAGAACGUAGUUGUAGCUUUUGUGAUAAAAGUGAGAGUGGGAAGGAGGAUUAACCAAAGUAUUUCGAGACAACCAAAGAAUAAGUUACUAUCUUGUGCGCAAAAAUCAUACCAAGAUAGUCAUAGAUUGACUAUCUUAUAUAAUUUUUGCGUACAAAAUAGUAACUGUAGACAGAACUUUGGUGUCCCGGGAAAUGCCGAUGCAUAAAAAUAUAUGUACAUUGUGAUAAAAAGUUAAUGCGAGUUUACGUAAUCAAGAAAAAGAUUAAUGUUUAAUGAAAACUUUACGAUCAGUACAGUGAGAGAUAAUCUCAACUAUUGUGCCAUGUAAUAUGCUACUUCAGAAUUAAGCUGUUUCCAUACAGAUAUUGAUGUAAUCAAGAUAUUUUAAUUAUCAAAUUGAUCACACUGUGGCUGUGUAAAUA